UGAGAAAGGGUGUAACCUGAACUUUGGCUGUUGAGAGACGAUCACUUUGGGAGGGUCUUCAGUGGAACACAAAACCCGGUGGUCAGUUCACAGUGUUAAGGAUGUCAUGAAGUUGUAAAGCUACACGAUGUGUAAACUAGGAAGUCUUAAAGAUGAGAAACCUUUGAUGAGAACUGGCCUUGGCCUAAUCAUCAUUGGACAUGGCAAGUUUAUUUUGGGGGCAAUUGUCCAUGGAGCAGUAUUACGCCAUGUUACUAGGCCUAAUGAAACUCAGACCAUCCGGUAUGCUGUUGCCAACGUCAUUGCUGUAGUCUCUGGGCUGGUGUGCAUCAGUGCUGGGAUUGCAGCCAUUAUACUCUCCAGAGACCUUAAAAGAAAACGACUGAAAUGGGCUCUGCUGGUUUUAAGCAUGAUCAGUUUUCUUUUGUCCGCUGCCUGCGUAGUAGGACUUACCUUGGCUUUGGUCUCCACAAUCAUGGAUAAUGGACGUGGCCUUUUGGCUCAUUGCAACUCUUCUUCUCCCUCUGGACAGCCUAAAGCUGCACGCAAUUGCUCCUUUGAUCCAACCCGCAUCUAUGAGACUACAAUAGCUUUGUGGAUACCAUUAAUCUUAAUGGCAGCAAUUGAGUCCUUGAUGUCUCUUCGCUGUAUUAUGGCUUCCUGCAGCCUGUUAGAACUGCCACCUUGCAGACGCAGAAAGGGCAAGGUACGUUUCUCAGAGCAGACACCCAAGGAAAUAACUCCAAGAGAGCCUGGAGAACAUCGUGGUCUUCUGACUCUGAAUGACACCCCAGUUGUUUAACAAGUUUCAUUGGUGGCCUCAAAUCUUUUUCUACCAUUCUGGGCAGUAACAGGAUUUUUUUUCCCUUCCUUUAUAGUUAGUGCUUAGUAUGUAUUUUUGUAGCGCUUUAAAUUUUAAUUACCCACCGUCAAGUGACUCUGAGCAUGAGUCAGCUUUGUAUGCUGUAAAUGCAAAUAACUCAAAGUUGAUGGUGCAAGUCUAAGUUUGUGUUUUUUGUUUUAUCUGAGGAGUGCUUUUGAAAAGACACUUGCAUGAAGAUAAGCCAUAUGUACAGGAUGACUUACUUGUCUCCCUCUCUAAUUUUUUUAAUAAAGAUAUACUGUAUAAUUUUUA